GUUGGAAGGGACCACUUCCAGAAGUACACAAGGCGUCUGUCACAGCAUUUCUUCAACUCACUAUUGGAUUCUGUUGGUUUAAAUCUUUGCGAAUUGGCAUGUAUAUAUCCUAUUACAUGUUUAUUGACGCAUCUUUGAAAUCGACCGUAAUGACUCGCAGUGUAAUCCGCCUUUGAGUCUCAGUGAGAAAGGCGGACUGAUGAUAUAAAGUUUAGCUCUGGGGUACGUACCUACCCUACUUACAAAAGCCAGGAGGGAGCGCAGUAUGAACUACAACCCCCAGCAUUCUUUGGUCCGGAGGAGAUUUCCAGCAUGGCCGCGGCCACGGGUGCUUCAGACUCAGAAAGCGGCGGCGAGGAGGAGCGGGAGCGGCUUCGGGAAGCGGUCUGGGAUGUGGCGCCCCAGCGAGCGGCAGCUGAUCUGGAGUCUUCGGACGGUAACUUUUUGAAGAGCAAGCUGCCGUCAACUGUAUCCAGUAUCAGAUAUAAGGCCAGUGACCGUGGGUCGGAUCAAAAUGAACUGCAGACCACUCCAGAAUUCCGAGCACAUGUUGCAAAGAAACUGGGAUCCAUCUUGGACAGCUAUAUCACCAUCUCGGAGCACGUGUCAGGAUGUGCGCAGACUUGCAGAAAAGCCUCGGAAACAGAUGAUGACAGCUUUCGUCUCUUUUCCUCAUCUGUCCCAGGAGACAGUGAAAAGCCAGAACCUUCACCUUCGCGAAGAAGACAACUUCAGCAUUCCAGCUCCAGUGAGACAGAUGAAGACCAAGAAUGGCAGAGAUGCCAAGAAGCUGCUGUGUCAGCAGCAGACAUUCUAAAGCAAAGCAGCUUGCAGGCAACGCUCCAGGUGCCCAGCAAUGGCCAAAGGUGCCAAACUGCAGAAUCCAGCCAGAAGAAGAAAAAGAGAAAGAAGAAGACAAAAGUAAAAGAAGAGUGUGACAGUGAACGGGACAUAAUAGAAAGAGACCAUAAGAACAAGGUUGGUGUUUUGGCUGAGAUGUCCCCAUGCCUCAGUGGGGCAUGUGAAAGAGAAGAGCAUGUAUCUGUGAAGGAUAAUGGGUUUUCUAGAGAGGCAAUGGUGGUCAAGAAAAAGAAGAAGAAAAGGAAGAAGAUAGAAACAAGGACAGAAUGAGAAUACCAUCUGACUCUCUAGCAGAAUAUAGGUCUUGAUGGGGGUGUCCCGUGGUCAGAGGAAAUACAGUCAUCAAUUUUUGUAUUUUAUAACCUCAAAGGACUGGUGGCUGUCCCUACUGUGUGGGGCAUUUAUGUUAUGGGAAUUGCUCUCCAGUGAAUGUUUUGACAUUGGAGGAAUCUGCAUUCUGUUCAAACUUUACAUCAAGACAUCCAGAGAUGACUAUCGUGAGCUGCAUCUUUUUAUCCUUUGAUGGAAACCCCAGGACCAGAGUGGCCUGCACAAGCUGUAGCUCACCAUUCUGAAUGCAGCCUGUCAGCUGAGUAUCAGGCUUGCUGGGUAUUUGACAGCCCUGUCUGCUUUGCAUUCCCAAGCAGGCAGCAAAAUACACGUGGUUUAUGGAGCCCCUCAGCAUACAUGACUGGCUAGCUGGCUUAUAUUCGACUUGGUGAAUUACGGACUGCGAAGGCCUUACUGAUCCCCAGGCAUACAAGAAACUGAUGCAGCAUGUGGUGGGAAAAGUCCCUAUGGAAAAGUUCUGGAAACUCAUUGCUUCCCUCCCUCUCAUUUUUUGCAGCUGAAUUCCUUUGGGAUAUAAUGUUCUAGUUCUUCUGUUAUUUUAGACAUGGCUCUUCUCUGCAUCUCCUUACCACCAU